AUGUCACAGCAGAAACAGAAACAUUGGGAGCCUCCAAGUGCUCCCCACUGCUCCCCUCUCCAGUACCCAAACCCCUCCCUGGCUUCCUGCUCUGCUCCUUGCUGUGCUCCCACUUCGGGAGGCUGUGGUUCUGGCUCUCAAAGGCCCCGGGAUCAGAGCCCAGCCAGCCCUCGGAGGACUCGCCGAAAGCCCCGCUGCAUCAGUGGUGGCACGACCUACCACAUCAAAGAGGAGGAAUGUUAAGCUUCUAUGCUGCAUAAAGACACGAAGCUGGUACAACAGACAGUGGUAGAGGCAUGGAGGGAGGGCUGGGAGUGCCCAGUGCUGAGCAACUCCUACUGUCUGGAGGUGCAGCUCUUGGAAGAGGUCAUGUUUGAACACUAA